UUUACAGUCUUUGGUGGCAACCCUAACCCGUAGUGAGCACUAAUAAGCACUAGUGAGCAUUAUGGUGAAGGGAAAAUGAAAAUAGUUUUGAGUCGAGCUUCCCCGAGGCGUGUCUGACUCGCUGCCAUCCGCUUCCCCUUCUGCCUGCCUGCCUGCCUGCCUGCGGCUACACUCGCACACCCUCGCGACACUGAACUCACUCCUCGCGCAGACAUGAGUUUCUACAGUGAUGCGUCUUCUGAGGACACGAGCGAGUUAGAGACUUUGGGGUGGUACCACUACGACCUGUCGCGCCAUGCUGCCGAGGCCCUUCUCUUGUCCAAUGGGAAGGAUGGAAGUUAUCUCCUGAGGAACAGUAAUGAGGGACCGGGCUGCUUCGCCCUGUCUGUCAGGGCGAAGGAUUCUGUCAAGCAUUUUCACGUGACGCGCAAAGACAACGGCUAUGCGUUUGGGUUUAACGAGUACGCAACCCUUCAGGACUUUGUCAACCACUUCGCCAACCAGCCUCUGCUGGGCAGUGACACAGGAACCCUGAUCGUGUUGAAGUGCCCGUACCCCAGCCGUGUGGAGGAGCCGUCCAUCUACGAGUCUGUGCGAGUUCACACUGCGUUACAGUCGGGCCGCACAGAGAACGACCUGGUGCCCAAUGCACCAUCGCUGGGCACAAAGGAAGGCUAUCUGGUGAAACAAGGAGCUUUUGUGAAGAACUGGAAACAGAGAUGGUUCACACUCAACAGAUAUCAACUCAAAUACUUCAAAGACAAAAUGUGUGAGGAGCCCAUUCGGACCCUGGAUCUGACGGCCUGCUCUGCAGUGCAGUUCGACUACUCUCAGGAAAGAGUCAACUGUUUCUGCCUUGUGUUUCCCGAGCGGACAUUUUAUCUUUGUGCAAAGACAGGUGUGGAGGCAGAUGAGUGGAUCAAACUCCUGAGGUGGAAACUGUCACAGAUAAACAAAGGUCGAUGACUGCGGUCAGUGAUGUCCCUGGAGAUGGAAAGAAGAUGUCCCAGAUACUCUGCUGGAGGAACAAUGAAGAACAGCACCAUUGAAAACUGAAGAGUAAACUCCAGUAUGAGAAACACUGGCACACAGUGUACUGGCUGGAGGCUAACUACUUAGCCUUAUGCUAGUCCAGAGACAAGUGGUGUGUAAGCGGUCUUACUGUGCUGCUGUUCUUACCCAAAGGUUGUUUGUUCAUAGCGUGUUUAACAUGAUCAUUUACUUAAAAGAUUGUUGCUAGCAUUAUUGUAUGAAACC